AUGCACUGUAGCAUGCAAAAGGGACGACGUUUUUCUCCCUGCUUCCGCCGCCAACAGGACGGAGGCAUCUUCCUUCCUGUCUUUCGCACGCUCCUCGCCGGUGCCCACUCCGAUUUUUGCACGCUCCUCGCCGGCGCCCACUCCGAUGUCGGCCGCCACCUCGGUUCCUCUCCUUCUCCACCUCUCUCCGCAUCCGUCACGAUCGGGAGGAGGGGAAACUUAGAGUCUCCUCAUGAUGCUGCCAUCAGACGAACUUGGCGCCGCCCUCUUAGUCACCUGAGCCCACCAGCCAGCAUCGGCAGCCACCCCCUUCUCCUCUCUAUGCCACCCUCACCCACUGUAAGACAUCACCACCACUGGACCGACCACGUCGCCUACGAGCACCCCUCACCCGAGCCGCCUCAGCUCCCUCCUCUCUGUUCUCCCUCUCCCUUUUCUCCUGUCAUCGGGACUCCUCAGCGCCAUUAUCUCUCUCUCUCCUCUCCUCUCCCCUCGCCGGAGCCGCCCCCGAGCAGUUCCCUUUCCUCCCUCUCGGCGCACCAGCAACCUUCUCUCCUCUCCCCGGCCAACGCCGCUGGAUUCGCGCCACUACCAGCGCUAGGCACGCCCGACCAUGUCCCCUUUCUCCCGCUGAUGCUGUCGACCAUAAGCGACCAUGACCGCCACGUGCCUUCGCUCUCCCUUCGUCCCUGUCGCACUCCUGCCAUCCACCGUGGCUUCGGCAGCAACCCUAGUGCCUCUUCAUAA